AGCCGCGCUCCGGUCACCCGAGGCCCGGCGCCCUCGCUCACCUCGCUGACUCCAUCCUACUUCCAUGCACCACCCCCAACCCCGGGUCCCGCGUCCCUCCGGGCCUGGCCAGCCGUAACCCACUCCGCCCCACUUAGCGUGCUCAUUGGCCACCCAGGGCCUGCCCUGUCUCCAUAAAUACAUGGUUCCCGGGCAUGGAGCAUGGAGAGGGACAGGAGGAAAGCGCAGCGCCAGCAGCAUCUCUUCUACCUUCCUAGACACCUCCACUUCGCUACUCCAGAGCUGGAAGUCAGACUUGCAACCAGCAGGCGGACUCACGUCCUUUCCUUUCCUCUUCCAAGAGCCACCCAACUCCCGGCUGCGCUCCUCCAGCCCCUGCGGCCAGCGCUAGGCGGGCAUCCGCUCCCUGAGGCUGCCGCGCGGUGCAGCGUCGAGCAUCCUCGCCGAGUUCCUUUCUGCUCUCUGUCCGUCUUCCGCCCUCUCCAUCACACCUGCUGCCCCUCUUUGCCUCUCUUCCGCAGAAUCGUCAAGGCCCCAGCUCUCGCCGGCGCCUCUUUAGCCACCUCGCCCUUCCCAGCCCCCGCACAUUCCCAAGCGCCCGGUCUCCCCCGCUGCCAUGAGCUCCCCCAUCGGCAAGAGCCGCUCCCUUGCCGCCUUCCUACAGGAGCUGCGCAGCCUGGGGCAGCCCCCCAGACCCGUGACAUCUACGGCGUGCGCGCCCCGUCGGCCGCGGGAGGUGCCCCUCUGCCCCAUGAUGGAACAGGGCGAGGCGCAAGACGCGGCCGCCCUGCCCGGUCCCACCAAGUGGCCACUGCUGGGCAGUCUGCUGGAGAUUCUCUGGAAAGGAGGGCUCAAGAAACAGCACGACACGCUGGCGGAGUACCACGAGAAAUAUGGCAAGAUUUUCCGCAUGAAGUUGGGUUCCUUCGACUCGGUGCACUUGGGCUCGCCGUGUCUGCUGGAAGCGCUCUACCGCACGGAGAGCGCGUACCCCCAGCGUCUGGAGAUCAAACCGUGGAAGGCCUAUCGCGACUAUCGCGAGGAGGGCUACGGACUGCUGAUCUUGGAAGGAGAAGACUGGCAGAGGGUCAGGAGUGCCUUUCAAAAGAAACUAAUGAAACCAGUGGAAAUUAUGAAGCUGGACAAUAAAAUCAAUGAGGUCUUGGCUGAUUUUACAGGUAGAAUAAGUGAGCUCUGUGAUGAGCGAGGCUGCAUUGAAGACUUGUACAGCGAGCUGAACAAAUGGUCAUUUGAAAGCAUCUGCCUUGUGCUAUAUGAGAAGAGAUUUGGGCUCCUUCAGAAGAAUGCAGGCGAUGAAGCUUUGAACUUCAUCAUGGCCAUCAAAACAAUGAUGAGCACAUUUGGGAGAAUGAUGGUCACGCCGGUCGAGCUGCACAAGAGCCUCAACACCAAGGUCUGGCAGGCGCACACUCUGGCCUGGGACACCAUUUUCAAAUCGGUCAAAUCUUGUGUCGACAACCGGUUAGAGAAAUAUUCUGAGCAGCCCAGUAUGGAUUUCAUUAGUGAUACUUAUCACCACAAUCAGCUUUCAAAGAAAGAAUUGUAUGCGGCUGUGACGGAGCUCCAGCUGGCUGCGGUGGAAACGACAGCAAACAGCUUAAUGUGGAUCCUCUUCAAUUUAUCUCGUAAUCCCCACGUGCAACAAAAGCUUCUUAAGGAAAUUCAGAGUGUACUGCCUGAGAAUCAGAUGCCACGGGCAGAGGAUUUGAGGAAUAUGCCAUAUUUAAAAGCCUGUCUGAAAGAAUCUAUGCGGCUUACCCCGAGUGUGCCAUUUACAACUCGAACUCUUGACAAAGCAAUGGUUCUGGGGGAAUAUGCUUUACCGAAAGGAACAGUAUUGAUGCUAAAUACCCAUGUGUUGGGGUCCAGUGAAGAAAAUUUUGAAGAUUCAAGUCAGUUUAGACCCGAACGAUGGCUUCAAGACAAGAAAAAGAUCAACCCUUUUGCCCAUCUUCCAUUUGGCGUUGGGAAAAGAAUGUGCAUUGGUCGCCGAUUAGCCGAGCUCCAGCUGCACUUGGCUCUCUGCUGGAUCGUCCGCAAAUAUGACAUCGUGGCCACAGACAAGGAGCCUGUGGAGAUGCUGCACUUGGGCAUCCUGGUACCCAGCCGACAGCUCCCCGUUGCUUUCCACCAGAGAUAGGAGGCCUCAGAUUUUUUUUUUUUUACCAAGACCACGAGCAGCAAUUUUUACCCUUUUGCAAGAAUGAGGCUUUGGGCUUCUGCAUGACAGGAAAGCACACAUCAAAACCCUGAGCAUGAAACAGCAUGUAAAGAACAUUUAGUCCCAGGUGUUUAUACUCUUUCUUCUGUACAAUUGUUCUAGAAGCUGUACUGUCUGUGUAGCUGAUGGUAUUUAUUAAGAUGGUAUCUGGCUCAGGGAAAGCAGAUUGUUGGAAUGCCAGGCACUCUACAGGGUAUACCGCCUGCUUACACAUAACUUACACGUAACUGACAUCAGCACCACCCUGACUUACACAGAAUUGCUCAUCAUCCUGUUUUCUCUUGUAUAGGGCAGUUGGGCACUUAUCCGUUGGUCAGGUAAAAGUCACUAAAUGGGGCUUCCCUGGUGGCGCAGUGGUUGAGAGUCCGCCUGCUGAUGCAGGGGACCCGGGUUCGUGCCUCGGUCCGGGGAGAUCCCACAUGCCG